GUCAUUUUUCAGUUCACUUUUAAUAAUAAUUGCGGCACUAACCGUCGCUGGUACCCGCGGUGACUGGUAGUGUUUUGGCGCAUCAAUUUUCGGGUCAUCAGCGAGUCUGCGGUUUCCUACAAAUUGUCAUGCUGUUAUUUUUGUGGCCGGCUUGAGACAAGAAAAAAUUAUGAAUGGGUGCGAAGUGCGCGUGAACUUGGGACUUGUUCGACAUUGGUGGGGUGAGAGAAGUCAGCAGAUGUUGUCUCAUCAAAGACUCUGAAUUAUAGAAAAGAUCUGCCAUGACGUCAGGAACAACCAUCUCAUUAUUUCUGAUCGCCAUUUUGCGCGCAGUUUGCGCCCUGCCCAUCGUGAAGUUUGAGUAUCAUAACCAUGCACACCUGACGUCAGUGAUGACGUCACUGACGAACAAGUAUCCGAACACCAGUCACAUGUACAGCAUUGGAAAAUCGGUACAAGGCAGAGAUAUGUGGGUUAUGGCUGUAGCUGGUGUGAAACCAAAUGGUCGAGUCAUAGGAAGACCCGAGGCCAAAUACGUUGGGAAUAUGCAUGGAAACGAGGCUGUUGGUCGCGAGGUUCUCCUCCACCUUCUUGAGUACCUCCUCAAGGAAUACAGAAGAGGAAACCCAGAAAUAAAGAAAUUGAUGGACACCACAAGAAUCCACAUUCUUCCCUCCAUGAACCCAGACGGAUUCGAAGUCUCCAAACAGAAAUGCAGAGGGCUUGAUCUGAGAGCCAACAUGAACGGAUACGAUCUGAACCGUAAUUUCCCGGAUUACUUCGAGCCGACAAUCGACCCGAUUCAGCCGGAGACGAAAGCCGUCGUUGAUUGGAUCUACGGGAACCAGUUCGUGUUGUCGGCCAACUUUCACGGCGGGGCGUUAGUGGCAAACUUUCCGUACGACACGGGUCAACCUGGGAUUGGAAAUGCCAUGGAAACCGUGUAUCACCAGAGUCCGGAUGAUGACGUCUUCAGGUUUCUAGCAAAGACGUAUUCCAAGGCGCAUCCCAGAAUGCAUCUGAUUCAGGAGAAUACCUGCAGCCCCAAUACUGAUACGGGAUUCGUGGAUGGGAUUACCAACGGAGCAGACUGGUACUCUGUCGCAGGAGGGAUGCAAGACUUCAACUACAUCUUCGGGGGUUGUAUGGAGAUCACGAUUGAGAUGUCUUGCUGUAAGUACCCGGCACCAUCGCACCUCCGACUAUAUUGGGAGGAGAACCGACUACCGAUGCUGGAGUUCCUUAAACAGGCCAACAGAGGUGUCAAGGGGCAAGUGUUUAACACGGAUAACCAACCAAUAGAUGGCGCUAGCGUGUCGAUUGUCGAACUCAAGUCGCCUCAUCCACUGUUUACUACAAGGUCGGGCGAGUACUGGAAAAUACUCCUGCCUGGGUCUUACACAUUGCUUGUUUUCAAGUAUGGAUAUGCUACCUCCAAUCAAAAGUUGACCAUUCCACACGACUCACCAGAUGCUAUGGUACUGAACAUUACUCUGACCAGUAUCAACCCAAACAUUGCGAAUGUCACCGAUGGCACGCCCUCAACGGCAGCGGCUUGGAUACAGACAAUAACAACUGUUGUUGUCACGGCCACAUUUUCACUAUUUUAUCCAAAUUGGAUAAUUCUAUAAUAAUACAUGUACUUUUAUAAAUGUAUACAA